UGAAUGUAUUUCAAACGUCGUUGUUCGUUUGCGUAAACGACAGAAGCUACGUCGUCAUACAUUCUGAGUGAAUUAUAAAUAUAUUUUCACUUGUAUAAAACACUGAAUUUAACGUGGUAAAUGAAUAUGGAUAUUUGUGCUGUCCGCCUGUGAAAUUCGCGCUACAUAGAUAAACGCGACACAAUGAGUAGCGUGAGUGAGAAUGAGAACUGUGAGGGUACAUUGACAGGCCUAUUCCACCUGGCUCUUUCUCCGGACCAUAAUGAUGCUGAACCAGCUGCAGAAGCGCUGGUGAAACGUUUAACUCGACUCUCAUCCAAUGACACCGACGGGACAUGUGACGAAUCCAUUGGUAAUGUUCUGCCGCCAGAUGCCGUUGACAUGCUGUCGACAAAAUUGGAUGCGUUGCUUCGCCAUCAGCUGACUAACAGAACAAUCACAAAUGCACAGGGGACUAAUCUAAUGAACCUAUUGGUAGAAGCCAUGUCCCAUCUCACCACAUGGAUCCAUGUUGGACCACCGGACAUUAACUGGGCGUAUCUAAUGGAUGUCGUCACAAGAGUUAUCAUCGCAUUGACCAAAGAGACCGGUGCAGCUUACAGAUCUACCAGCCUUGACUGCGCCAUGCGAAUUCUACUGUUUGCUAUGCCACGCUGUGCGACUGAGCAUUAUUGGAAAACGCUUAGAAGUAACAAGAAAUUGCAGAUGUCUCUCAACAUCAUCAAGUGGCAGGAAUUUACAGGAACACCGAAUCCUAGAUUAAUGGCAGAGGAACUGUAUCACACAUUGUUCAUAAAAGAGGAUGAUACUACUAUGAAUGAGCAAGCGUAUUUACUUGAUACUGGAGGAGGUGGUAGCAACAGCAAAGGCCUGACUGUCAUCUAUCAGAACCCAAAAGUCCACAAGAAAAACAUACAUCGGAAUGAUGAAAACGCUCAACAACCAAUACACAUGAGGAAUGCAUCACAACCAAUGGCAGCCUGUGACAGCGUUUCAGUCAAGAUUCUACCGAAUACACAUGGAUGUAAUAUUGUUCCUGAUAGUAUAAGGGGUAAUCCAAUUAAUGGCGAUCGUAACACUGAAGAGAAGGUAGGUGGUAAACACGAGAGGUAUUCAUCGGCAGCUCUACUUGGCAUAAAAGAAAGCAGUUUUAAUGACGAUGCUGAACAAGCGUAUCCUGGGGCAGAAGCAGCAGGGGGCCUGUUUGCGCAUGAUCGCGUGGAAACCCAAAGCGGGGCUGAAGAUUCUGGAGCCAUGAUCCAGAGUAAUGAUGACUCGUUGAAAGAUUGUAAAAAUGCACUAGACGUCAUCAAUACCUGCCACCGUCAGGAACGAGAAAGCGAGCGGGGAGCAAGAACGGAGAGCAACCGAGAAAGGGCGAGAAGCGAAGGGGAGUCGACGCAUGAAGUAGAUGCUGAUCAUGAUUGUCCCAAAUAUGCUCUUCAGAACAAAUGCGCCGUUGUGGCGAAUGAUAUUGACAUGGGCUGCAAUUUUGACACGUUUCCUGUAGUAGUAAGCGAACCAACAAUGAUAAGUGGUGAUUAUCUGUGUCAGUACAGGAAUACGAUUGAUCACGCUAAAGACAUCGACCAGUUGUCGGCAUCCUACAACAAACAUGAUGCGAAAAGCGAUCAGAACAACAACAUUGCACCAAAUUUCAGUAAAAACCUAAGCGACAUAGUCAAUGCUCGCAGCGAAAGUAAGUUAUUCAACGAUUCCGUUCGUGGAGCGUUUGAGGACAUCGUGGUAGAAUCCCACUCAUCUAGCAAUUUUGAUAUCGGUCAAUACGAGCUGAUUGAAUCUCAGUUAUUACGCGAUGGCUCGGCAUUCCAUAAUGGAAAUUCGGAUAAGCAACUCUCGCUCUUAUCUAGCGAUACGAAAGUCGCGAGUUCGUCUGCAGAUCAUGUAGUUACACUGCACUGCCGUGAGCCUGGCAGCGACGAAGGGCUUGGAUAUUGGCGACAAGGGGUAUCGGGGGAGUUUGGAGCCACCGCCACCAAAGAGCUAAAACAGAUAUCUGAGCAGUGGCCACCUUCUCUAGUCUUGGUACCCACUGAUUCAGAAAACGAGCAGUACGGCGAUGUAGCCGAUGGCGACGCGAUGGCGCCACUUGAUACACCGCGGCUAUGCCUACCUGAGUCUUACCAGCUCGGCUCGAGCGAUUCGCUCUUUGUUAAUCCACGUGGCUCGGCAACGGAUCUAACUAGCGACGUUGGUACUCCAUUUACGCGCCCGUUUUCUCCCUCAAACGUCAGUUGUUCAAAGUAUGCGAGAGAGGUGGCAUCAAGCACUCCUGCCGAGUUCAAUUGGGUCCUUCCUUUUUCCAUUCCUUCCUCUGGGUCGUUGGCUUGUGCCGAUGCUAACACCCCACUCAGCGCGAUACAUUGCCCAGAUAGGUUUUCGUCGGCGAUUUUAGAUCAGCAAUCCUCGUCGAUGUACGUCAACCCACCUAGUUCAUUUAUUGAUUAUCGAUCGCCCGUUGAUCUAUCAGUAUUGCCCUUGUCGAAGAUUUCAUCACUGAGCACUGAUCAGACUCUUGGAACCUUGCAGACAUCGCAGCAGGGCAUGUUAGAAGAGCAACGACUAAGCAACUCGCGCAGUGACCAAAUGGGGCCUGCCUGCUGUUGUAGGCAGAGUGCUUCGCUGUCCCAGGAUCCAUUUUGCUCACUUUGCGUUAAUGUGCCCGAUUCUGGACUCAUGACGGCCAGCCAGAUAACGUUGGAUUGCGGCAGCUUCACCACUGACUCCAAUUUUAUUAUUCUCAAAAAUCGUUCUCCGAUGGAAAAAGUCGACAGCGAUAUUGGCUGCAAACACGACCACACUUACUGGAAGCCUAGAGAGGAGAUGCGUGUAAAUAGUGCGGUGCAGGCUGAAUUACUAGGCCCUAAUCGACAGGAAAAGCCAUUUGAGGUACGUUACAAAGAAAGUGAGAGCACGCUCGCCGGUUCCGGUGUCGAAAAUUCGCAUGGUGAUAAUGACUUCUUACGUCUACCAUUAGACGACAUCAAUGAUGGUUCUGACAGAGAAAUGCCAUCGUCGCUGCACUCUAGGGGAUCGAGUUUAGACUCGCUUGAAUAUUUGCUGUCCUGGAGGGGCAAUGCCCUAAAACCUGCGGGCAGCACACUAAGCCUUGCUGGCUCCUUCAAAAGUUAUGGUAACGAUGAAAAUGACCGAUGGGAAGAUGAGAUGCACGCUAAUAAAGGCAACGCGACUAGCGCAAUCAGUCUUGCUGGAUCGUUCGGCAGUGACGACACGCAUAGGGACAGAGCAACGGUGAGACUCAUGCCAGAAGCUGCACAUUUUUUCCGUACUGUUCCUGCUGACUAUACAAAUGAUGACGAUGAUAUUAUAAACGGUGUGAAAUUAGUUGAAGCAAAUGCUGGCUCACCGAACCAUCACGGAAAUGCUACGGUUGACUGUGCAGAAGAGCAGCUAAGAGAUGAGCAGCCUAAUCUUGCAACUGUCACCGACAAAUGUUUUGACAAUUUUAUCGAUUUUCCAAUAGAGUUCGAGACCUUUGACGAUCUCAUUGACCCGAACCCGCACGCAAUUUACGAGGCUUCAGCAGAAUUAACGUGCAUUACCCCUGAUUACCCUCAAGAUUUAAUAGACGCUGAGCCAUUUGUUCACAGCAUUUCAGAUGAACUUCUAUCAGCAGUUAAUGUGGUGGAAACAGAGCGCGACGAAGCUAUUGAAGAUGAGGCGCCGCAGAAUAUCAUGGCUGCCGCCAGCGGCGCCAUUACCUCACUAGAACUCGAUUUCGCGCAAAUUCUGGAUUCAGCUGACGAAGAUUUGACGCCUAAGGUACCGCCGACCUCGCCCACGUGUGGGGUACCGGAUAUUCCAGAUCCAUACAUGCAUGCCUGUCAUGCCACAAAUGCGUUACAAGAUAUUUCACACGCUAUGGAUCAGCAGGAUGUUGUUCCAACCAAUAACAAGUGCGCUUCCGAUGACAUAUCUUCAAGCAUUCCUGAAAGAAUCCUGUCGGAGUUUUCCGAUUACCUAGAAGGACUCACAGCGAAGGAUAUAAUAGAUAUAUUUCAGCAAGAGGACAAUCGUGGCGUGACAGGUGCGACGUACAACGAAUCGCUUUCAACAACUACUCUCGACCACUGCGUUGAGAAAUCGACCGUAUUAGCCACGUGCUCAUUGGAAGAGAAUCGACCGGUAGAGUCACAUAACGAGAAGAACUACGUGCUCGAAGUACAAUCAUGCGAAGUAACAGGAACAAGGUUGUCAAACAUUGGCGAUGUCGACGGUGAAAGCGUGUCCGCGACGAAUUAUUUACCGUCUGAUAGCAGUAUUGCUUGCCUGCGCGAGCAAGCUUGUGAGAACCCUGAAGCUGAAAUCGCGAGUUCGUCAAACACGGAUAACAUUGACACAAGUGUUGCCAGUUCCGCGGUAGAGAAUGACUCCUCCGUAGCUUGCACUGAGGACACGACUAUGUCGGCUGGUGAGUAUACCUUGGACGACGCGUGUGUUACUUUGAGCGGAGGCCCAGGCGAUGGCACUAACACGUACAUCGCUUACAUGAAUUCCACAUCGUGUGACGCCGAAGCGACCCACAUCAGCGCAGCGAUCGGAAAAAGACCGGAUGUCAUACCGACAAGCGACUAUAGACUAUCGCGCCUGUGGGAUCUUGAAGAAGACAAGAGGCUGCCAAGUCUUGAAGAAUGCUCUUCUUCUCCCAAUCAUCCGCAGAAGGGGCAGGACGACAGUUUCAACAUCGAGAUCUCUGUCACCAACUGCUCCGGUGACGUCGUGGCAAAUGAGCUGGUUAAUAUUCCUAACUUAGAUAAAAGAAUUCAUUGCCGUCGUCGGAUACCUUAUCAAAUGUCUCUUGACGCGCCAUAUGAACCCCUAAAUACACUCUGUGACGAUUCGAAUUGCGCUCAGGAGACUAGAUCCAUUGCGACCGCAGAACGUGCUACAGAGAAUCGUGUAGAGGCACGCGACAUAGAGAGACCGAUUGGAAGACACGUGCUAUGCUGCUGUUUUAUUUAAGCGCAAGCUAUUCGGCUCCUUGUAUGUUUACCCUGGUCUGUUCUAUUCCGGAGGCAUAUUAGCUAGCACCAGCACUUGGCCUGGCUGGCUGGGAAGCCGAUUGUAGCGUUUUUGCUGAACCGGUUACAAAUAACGCUAGAGAUUCCGAAAACGCUGGAAUCGUGGCAGGGGUACAUUUUUAUACUAAUAUACUCCUAUUUAUGCUAUGAAUUUAAUGCGGUGCCACGCUAUAUAGUUUAGAUAAUGCUGCAUUGCGGUUUCAUCAGCAAGUCCGCAGUAGAUUGAACGAUAGCAUGUACGCAGAUUAUUUUUGAUAUUCUAAACUUUACAAGGACAAGUGGCGCCGCCAUUGUGGUAGCUUUUAUGCUACGCAGAUAAAAAGAAUUUAGUAAUCAGUGAAUAUCGGUGAACCAUAUAAACCCAGCAAUAUAUACGUAAUGCGUCUGGGUGAUUGCAUUCUUGCACGCAGUGUCCGCCUCGUCUUGUCUUCAUUUGAACGUAAAGCAUAAAAGUCAUCAUUUAAUUUUUAAUUUUAGGGACGUUAAUAGAAAUUAGAUGAGAAAUAUGAAUUAUUGAAAAUGCCCGCAAUUCUAAAACCAUUUGGCAUGAUAUAAUUUUAAUGCGUCCUGAAGAAUAGCGGCUGACGAACAUAAUCGGAAAUAAUUUAGCAGUAGUUCCACUUAAAUAAUUAUCUUCUCUGAAAUUCGGAAUUCAUAAUCAUACUGUAAUCGUCUACCGUCUAGCUAGUUAUUUUUGCUAUGCGAUUCUAACUGUUUGAUUUUCUUACACAGAAAUAUAGCUCUAGUUACCAUGGUGGCACUACGUUAUGGAAUGAAGGCUAUAGCGAGUCAAUCUAUAUAUAUAUAUAAAUCGGAUCGGUAUAAUCUUAAAGUAAUUAUUUUGUUUAGAUUUUUGUUUUGUUGAGAUAAUUGAAUAAAUGUAUUAGUAUAUUUAUAUAAUAAUAGUAUAGCAUAAUUUAAUAUUAAUAUAAGAAUAACGUUGUUGUUAUCAUUAGGUAUUAAUGUUUCACAUCGGUUGCACGCUUCUAUUGUAUUGAACGCUUUAGGUUUGUUUGCACCAUUUAAAUUAAUAUGAAAUGUGUGGGAAUAUAAAUGCGCAACGAUCAUGCCUAGGAAUUGUGGCAGAUUACACGUGAUUGUCUACCUGCCUACUCGCACACGUGCGUGUGUGUGUGUGAGAGAGAGAGAGAGAGAGAGAGAGAGAGAGAGAGAGAGAAAGAGCUCGCGCGUUCGUGCCUAAUACAAUCUGCAUUUGAUUAACUAUGACAUAGCGAUUAAACGUUGUAAUGGAAAUUUUCAUAAAAUAAAAUGGUAAUUUUGCAAUCCCAGA